AUGAGAAGGAAAUAUCAAGGAAGUAAGAGGGUACAAAGUGCCCAAUUGCAAGCUUUCGGAAGAGAAUUUGAAAUCCUGGAAAUGAAAGAAGGAGAAACCAUUAUUAAAUAUUUAUCUAGAGUCAUGACGGUGGCAAACAACAUGCGUAACAAUGGGGAGGCAAUGCAAGACAUUCAAAUUGUGGAGAAAAUUCUGCAGACUCUCACCGAGAGGUUCAAUUACAUAGUUGUCUCGAUAGAGGAAUCAAAAGACAUAAACUGCCUCUCAGUUGAUGAACUUCAAAGUUCACUCAUUGUCCAUGAAUAG